AGCACUAUGGACAGCAGCAACUCAAGCAAAAUGAACCAGACUGAUUAUAACAAUAAUAACUUGGAUGAAGUUUUUUGUCUGGAAUGUUUUAAAAUGCUGAGCAAUGCAAUGAACAAGAUUUCUUUGGUCUUCUACUGCCUGACCUUGAUCCUCGGUGUUCCUGGAAAUGCAUUUGUCGUGUAUGUUGCUGGAUUGAAGAUGAAGAGGACUGUUAAUACAGUAUGGUUUCUCAAUCUAGCGAUUGCUGACCUCUUAGCGAUCUGCUGCAUUACCACUCUUUUCAUCGUGACCGAGAGCGCUUUUGAUCUCUCACCGUAUGCAUCCGUACUGUGCAAGAUUUUCCCCUUCAUUAUACUCAUCAACAUGUUUGCCAGCGUUUUCACACUGAGCUUUAUUAGUCUGGAUCGGUUUACUCAGGUGAUCACACCGGUUUGGGCUCAGAAUCAUCGCAGCUUGUUCAUCGCACGACUGUCCUGUGUAUCGGCUUGGAUUCUGCCUUCACUUCUUUGUGUGCCUUUUAUGUUAACUAAGACUUUCACAGUAAAUAACAUAACAUACUGCGAUUUUGCUGACGAUUUUAAAUUGUAUAGAAGUUUUAGCAUCAUCAGAUUUGUGUUUGGCUUUUUAGUUCCUCUCAUAUGCAUCACAACAUGCUACGGAUUCAUCGCACGCAAGUUAGGCAGGAGUCAUUUUCACUCUGGACGAGCGUUUCGUAUCAUGUCUGCUGUAAUCGUGGCCUUUUUUCUUUGCUGGCUGCCGUAUCACAUAGUAGUUUUGUUACUAACGUUCGGAGAGGAAUCCAGUUCCUCUGUGGCUUGGGCAGUGUUUCCGUUGACCUUCUCUUUGGCGUAUUUCAACAGCUGUCUGAACCCCAUUCUGUAUGUUUUCAUGGGACAGGAUUUUAAGAGCAAUGUUAAACUUUCUCUAAGACGUGUUUUUGAAAGAGUUUUCUCUGAGGAGGGAACACAAGCAACACAAUACACACAGCCACAACACACACACUCAGUGUAGUGAAGAUACCAGCUCAUUUAUAAAGAGGUUUCUGAUUUAUUUUUAUUACUAUUCUAAUAAUGUUGUUCUAAUUAUUUUUUUUUGAAAUUCAUCAACUCGAAAUCAGCAAGUCAUCUAACUCUUAUUCUUCAUUCCUGUGUGUUUCUCUCUGUAUUGUUGAUGUAUUUUCAGUGAUUGGUGAUUUGUGAACUAUCGUCAAAGCUUAACAUCACAGUG